GUAUUCCGUGAGUGCGACUGCGGUGGGAAAGGCUACCUCAGCGGGGAAGACCUGAAGAUGGCCGUGGUGACGAUCUUCGGCUACAAACCGUCCAAGAUGGAGACAGACAGGAUGAUGGCUCCAGCACUGGGAAAGCAUUUGCCAGGAAUGUCGCUGGACCAAUUUCUGAGUCUCAUGAGCAGUAAAGUGGCGACACAGGAUGGCUACGAACAGACCAGGCAGAUCUUCACAGCCUUUGAUGUACACUGUCGCAGUUUCCUGUCGAGAGAGGACUUUAAGAGGGCAUUUGCAUCUGUCGCCCCCCACUUACCCGAGCAGACGGCGUUUGAAGCCUUCAGAGAAUUGGACUGGGAUUCAGAUGGACGUGUCAGUUACAAGGACUUUGAGACAGUGAUGAGUUAUGUGUAAGACAUUCAGGAACCAGGGAUUAAGAAAAAGUCAUUCAGCCUCUCUCCUCACACCGUAUCUCCUCUGCCAUGGACACAGGUGACUUUAUAUCAACCUCCUGUAUGAGAAAGUUCUCCACAACUCUUUAUGUCUCUAAGAUGUGACAAGGCGCUAUAAGAAUUAUUUGUAUUGUCAUUGUUAAUUUAUUAGAAUGCUGAAUAUUGAAUAAACGUG